AUUGUAUUUUGGUUUGAGCUGAUGGUCUUGUUACCAAUGCUUUAAAGUCUAAAUAAAUAAUAAUAAAAUGUUGCCAUAUCAAAAAUAAAUAUGGCUAUUACCGGAAAUUUUCGACCUGUCUUUCUUUUAGAAGUUGUCACACGUGCCGCGUGGAGUUUUGCCUCGCAGCACAAUGGUUGCUACAACAGAGAAGAAACCCGCCGCUAAGGCACCACCAAAAGGCAAGGAGGACAGCAAGAAGCUUCCUGCUGUACCAGAGUCUGUACUCAAACACCGAAAACGCAGAGAAGCUCUUAAAGCGCGCAGAUUACAGGUAACACUCAAAAGGCGCUCGGCUGCCAUCAAAAAGAAGAAGGAGAUCUUCAAGAGAGCAGAGCAGUAUGUUAAAGAAUACAGAAUUAAGGAGCGUGAUGAAAUCAGAUUAGCAAGACAGGCACGCAACCGUGGUAACUACUAUGUUCCUGGUGAGGCUAAACUUGCAUUUGUCAUGCGUAUCCGUGGUAUCAAUCAAGUCUCACCCAAGGUCCGUAAAGUUCUCCAACUGUUCAGACUGCGCCAGAUUAACAAUGGAGUGUUCAUCAAAUUAAAUAAGGCAACGGUUAACAUGUUACGUAUUGCCGAGCCUUAUGUGACGUGGGGGUACCCCAACUUGAAGAGUGUCCGAGAGCUUAUCUACAAACGGGGUUUCGCGAAAGUAAAUGGACAGAGAAUUGCGAUCACAUCCAACAAAAUAAUUGAGACUAAACUCGGAAAGAAAAACAUCAUCUGUGUUGAAGAUCUUAUCCACGAGAUAUUUACUGUUGGGGACAAUUUUAAGUAUGCCAGCAACUUCUUAUGGCCAUUCAAACUGAACAACCCAACUGGGGGCUGGCGUAAGAAGACCAUCCAUUAUGUUGACGGAGGAGACUUCGGUAACCGUGAAGACAAAAUUAAUGAGCUGUUGAGACGGAUGGUUUAAAUAUACAUAGUUAUAUGAUAAA